AUGGCAGACCGCGACCUCUCCCAGAUUCUGGGCCAGCUCCGGCAUUCCCCGUCCAUGAGCUAUCCCGAAGCCAACGGCCUCCUCUCAAAGGCCAAGCUUUCCCUUCUCAAGCUCAACGCCCUCACCCCGACCCCCGACGCCUCCUCCAACCUCCUCGCCCUCGCCCGCGAGACCUACGAGCAAGGUGCCCUCUUCGCCAUCCGCGCCCGCAAUCCCGAGGCCUUUACCCGCUACGUCCGCCAGCUCCAGCCCUUUUACGAACUGCCCUCGUCGAGACUACCUCCCAACCUUGCCGAGCGCAGCAAGGUUACCGGCUUGAGCCUCCUGCUGCUCCUCACCCAGGGCCGCUACGCCGAAUUUCACUCCGAACUCGAGGGCCUUGCCAAUAGGGACGGCAGAGGCAGCUCUGGUGACGUCGAGGGCGAUCGCUAUCUCGGAUACCCGAUCAGGUUGGAGAGAUGGUUGAUGGAAGGCAGCUAUGACCGAGUCUGGAAGGCCAUGAAGAGCAGCGAGGUGCCGUGCGAUGAAUACAGCGUCUUCUCCGAGAUUUUGAAGAACCAAAUCCGUUCCGAAAUAGCCAGCAGCAGCGAACGCGCCUAUCCCAGUCUCCCCAUCAGCUCUACCAAGUCUCUCCUGUUCCUCGAUUCCGAGGGCGACGUCAUCCAGUUUGCCGGGCAGCGCGGAUGGGCUGUCAGAGACGGCCACAUCUUCUUUCCAGAUGCGGCCGAGACGGGCGAAGAUGGCGGUCAGAGCAAGGAUCUUAGCCAGAUGGUUAUCGAGAACACGUUGGGUUAUGCCCGCGAACUGGAGACAAUUGUAUAA